CAUGGCUUUUACAAGCAGUUGCUGCCUCAAUAUCUCCUGUCCAACGCCUCCUUCAAACCCUUCUGUUACUCCGAAAACACCUCAACUUGCAUGGAAGAAGAAUGAAGGGUUGUUGAGAAAGGGAUGUGUUCUAGGCAUGGCAUGCAUGAUAGUAAUUGGAUCAGAAAUGGGGGACUUUGUGAUUGGCCAAACCCAUGCCGCCAUUGCCCAGGAAUACGUGUCCGUGGCGGCGGCGGCAGUAGAUCAAUCAACGGCGAAGUGGAGCGACAAGAGAACGUGCCCCGCUUGGCGGCUUAAUUCGUUGGAGACCAUCGUACCGGAGAACCUUCCAAGACCGUCGGCUCGCCGGAGAUGGGAGUCGGUUGGUUUAAAUUCUAAGAAUGCCCCGGCUGUUAAAGUGGCAGCACUCAGAACCAGCACCAACUGUUUUUCUUUGUAAACAGUUUUACAACAAUAUAUAUUGUACAGACAAUUGCAAGUUCAUAUUGAAUUGACCAAUAACAUCAA